AGGAGAGAAGAGCACGAUACGAAAGGGAGGGCCACAACAUGAGCUGUUUAGGGGGGUGUCAGUCAGGAGGUUUAUUGUGUUUUGUAAUGCGCAUGCGCGAUAGACCUCACAAACUGUCAUAUUUGCCUUUUCACCAUGAAAAAGAUCACAAUGACUCUAAUCAGGCGAGCUGGAGCAAAGACUACCAAUAACUAAUUAAAUACAAUUAGAAUUUUGGAUGAAGUACAGCAGGAGUCGUUUGGAAGGUUGUAUGGGCAAGGAGCGAGUGUGUGUGUGCAUGAUCUGUGAGUUCAUCGGCCACAAUGAUGCAACAGAAGCGCAAUAUUCAGAUCAUUGAAUGGGAAGAUCUGGACAAGAGGAAGUUCUACUCGCUGGGCAUUUUCAUGACCAUGACGACACGGGCGACUGUCUAUCCGUUCACCCUGAUCCGCACCAGACUGCAGGUCCAGAAAGGGAAGUCGCUCUAUAACGGCACUUUCGACGCCUUCUGUAAGAUCCUGGAGGCCGAGGGCGUGCGUGGACUCUACCGAGCAUUCAUGGUCAACACAUUCACCCUAAUCUCGGGUCAGGCCUACAUCACCACAUACGAAUUGGUGAGGAAAUACAUGUCCUGUUACUCCUCCAAUAACACUGUGAAGUCUCUGGUGGCGGGCGGAUCGGCGUCACUCGUGGCCCAGAGCAUCACGGUGCCCAUUGAUGUGGUGUCCCAGCAGCUGAUGGUGCAGGGUCAGGGGUGUCAACUUACCCGCUUUAAACUCAAGUCCAAGAUGGCGAUGGCCACAUCGAAACACAAAGUAACAUUUGGUCAGACCAGAGACAUUGUGGUUCAGAUUUUUCACGCGGAUGGAUUUCGGGGGUUUUAUCGCGGUUAUGUUGCGUCGCUGCUCACCUACAUACCCAACAGCGCCGUCUGGUGGCCCUUUUAUCAUUUUUAUGCAGAGCAGCUCUCCAGGCUGGCCCCUGCUGACUGCCCACACCUGAUCCUGCAGGCCGUGGCCGGACCGAUGGCUGCAGCUACAGCCUCGACACUGACCAACCCCAUGGAUGUGGUCAGAGCCAGAGUACAGGUUGAAGGCCGUUCGUCUGUUAUCGAGACGUUUAAGCAGCUCCUGGCUGAAGAGGGCACGUGGGGUCUCACCAAGGGUCUGUCUGCUCGCAUCAUUUCCUCUACGCCCACUUCCAUCAUGAUCGUCAUCGGUUACGAGACACUGAAGAGACUCAGUCUGCGGCCUGAACUGGUAAACACCAGACACUGGUGAAAAAACGUACAGACUCACCCAAACCGGGUGUUGGAUCUGUAUACCUCAGCCCUGUUCUCUGGGCCCCUCUCGCCCCGUGCUUCUGACCUUCUAAACAGAUGCCUUUUAGUUUUAUGAGGACCAGGCAGUCACUGACGGAUACUAAUGUGAUAAAAUGUGAAAUUUUAUUUAUUUUCUCUUGUCCCCUUUUUUGAGGAUUUUAAUCUGUUUGCAUGAACUGAUAUGUGUGUGACCUGUGCUCGAAUUUAUGUAAUGAAACAACAUAGACAAACAAAUGAUUGAUCCAAGAUUUUGAAGUGAAAAAUGGUGAGUUUAGCUCUUUCUUGUGAAUCUCGUAGUGUUUUACACUCUGUCUGACACCUUGAUCACCACAUGGUUAAAGGAAUGAGAACAUAUGAAAAGACUUUUAGGGUUUCCAUGAUCAUGCAAAACCUGGAAAUAUAAGUACAUGGAAAAAGUCUGACUUCUAGGCCUGGAAAAGUCAUGGACAUUUUUAUUGUGAAUAUAGAUUUUUUCUAGUUAUGAAAAAAUGGCUAGAAAGGGCUCUUUGUGAGUGCAAUUUCCUAGAAGGUUUUAAAAUAAAAAUCUUCAUCCAGUAUUCACAGAAGACUAGAGAAGUCUUGGAAAUUCAUUGGUCAAAAGCGGUGGGAACUCUGGACUUGAGCUACACCGACUGUGGGUGGUCAUAUUUUGUAUGUUUUUAAUAUGCCUUGUAUUAACCUUUAAAAAAACAGUGUUUGGGGGCCAAAGCUUAUACAGUUUAAAUGUUUUAUAAAUGUAGUUAUAGAUUUCAGAAGACUUCAUUGAUUGAUUUUUGUCUCAAAUAUGCAAAUAAUUGUUUUUAAAGUGUCUAAUUUGAAUCUUUGUGUCACAAUCAUGAGUGCAUUGAAUUAACUGCACAAGAAUGAAACUAAUUAAAAUCUGUAUUGCUAUUAUACACA